CGCAAGGAGCCUAGCUUGGGAUCGACCAUCCUACCGCUGAUAUUGUUGCGGGUGGAUUCCGGUCUUCAAAAGCGAGAGACUUCCAGGUGCGCGUUGGGGGGCUGUCGUGUGAGAGUUUUGUUGGAGCGUUUCCCUCUUGUUCUGAGCGCGCUGCGGACUGGUUUUUUGUGUCUUUGCCCCGGGAGUUGGGAGUUCCUCUUUACGCGACGGGAUCAUCAUGAAGAAGAUACCUUUCGUCUCUUCUCUGCUCAAGCGAAGCAUGCAAGGCGAUGUAGAAAAGGCCAAUUUCGCGAACGCGCCUGACAACACACAUGCUCCCCAGACCAUGUCACAGUCUGAAGGCAUUCCCUCUCAACCACAACGGAUCUACGCAGGAACAAGUCGCCCGCCCGCCCCCAUCGGAUCUGCAGUCCAUGAAUUUGUUGGAACACACGACCGGCUGGCCCAUUUCCGUAGAUUGGUGGGAAUCGACUCAGUGUCUACGUUAACAGAUACUACAUAUCUGCAACGGAAAGCCCCAAACGUGGGUAUAUACACACGAACGGUCUCGGCAGAAAAGAACUGCGGGAAGCUUUUCAAGUUCUUCUCGAUAGCGAUCAACGGAUGUUUGGGCCUACAAAUUGUCGUAGCGGCGACAUUGACCGCCCUUGGUGCCGCCGGUGGCGGCCGCAGUGCUGUGACCUUCUUCGGCGCCGUGAACACCAUAAUUGCCGGCUUCCUGACCUACCUCAAGGGCUCCGGACUGCCCAACCGCUUCACAUACUUCGAGUCCGAGUGGCGCAAAGUGCGCGAAUACAUCGAGCAACGUGAGCGCGAAUUCGGCGUCGAGACAUGCACCCUCGUUGUCGAGGAAGAAGCACGCAUCAUAGAGCUGAUGUACGAGAACGUGCGCGCCGAUGUCGAAGCAAAUGUGCCGGAUUCUUAUACAUCUGUGACACGUGCGGGCCGGUUAGAUACAGCGCGUGUCGCGCCUUUACCGGCGAUCGGGGAGUCGCACAGGACAAUAGCUAGUACGGCAGGGGGGUUUGGUGAAAAAGUGGCUGAGGGAGGGCAUCAUGGGCUUGCAAGGGGAUUAGAUGCGGUACAUAGGGGUAUCGAGAGGAUUAAUGAGAAGAUGCACCAUCAUGCGGAUCACGGGCAGCAGGAGUUGCAAGAGGGGCUUGGAAGAGGGCAGCAGGCAAUUCACGAACGCUUGUCGCGUAGUCAGAGUGCGCUUGAAUCGACGUUUACGAGGGGCCAGCGGACUGUUGAUGGAGCGUUUGAGAGGGCGAACAGCAGCCGUCAUGCAGCCCUGGAACGGAUGGGUAAUAGCCACUAUUCUGGGCUGGAGAGAUCUCAGAGUUUACAUCAUGGUGGGCUGGACAGAACGAGAAGCAGCUAUGAGGGCAGUACGGAACGUGGACAUCAGGGACUAGAUGUGAGCAUGCAGCAGGGAUUAGCAGAAGUUCACGAGAAGCUCGACAUGUUGGAUAAGGGACUCCGGCAAAUUCGUCUUGAGCGGAAGGAUGAUGAUACCACCAAUACCGACGUCGUAAAGAGGGAUCACGAUUGAAAAUCAGU